CGUCUGUUCCUCUCCUGCCCCAUGGACGUGGAGGGCUCCCGGGUGUGGUUCACCGACCUGUGGAACUACUCCAUCAUCCCCUACAUGCUGGAGGCCAUCAGGGAGGGGCUGCAGCUGUACGGUCGCAGGGCAGCCUGGGAAGACCCCGCCCACUGGGUGAUUGACACCUACCCCUGGUCGGCCACGCCCACCCCAGCCGAUUGGCCGCCGCUGCUGCAGCUACGCCCAGAGGACGUGGGGUUUGACGGUUACUCCGCCCCCAGAGAGGGGGCCCGCAAAGAGCCCCCCCAGAGCGACAGUGAUGCAGACCCGCUGAUGAACAUGCUGAUGAGGCUGAAGGAGGCGGCCACGUCCUCCAGCCCCCACAGCUACGACAGCGACUCCAACAGCAACAGCCACCAAGACGACCUGCUGGACUCCUCCCUGGAGUCCACCUUGUGACAGAAGUAACCCUCACGCUCUGGGUUCACUCUCCGGUCACAUGGUGGUUGUUUUUUAAACCCUUUCUUUAUUUGCGUUGAGAAUGUGAAUGAUUGAUUUUCCUCCCCAAAAAAUGUAACAUGCCACCUUGGUUUGGAUGCGGGUCAUCCAAACGGGACACUAAUGAAUGGACGAGUGCACAGAGAGAGAGAGAGAGAGAGAGAGUCACAGUCACAGAGGAGUUGUGUUUCACUGUUUGUGUGUCCUAACCGCAGUGCCCCAGUGGCAUCUUUCCGAGACACCUGUGCUCCGAUUGUUCUUCAGAGUUAACGUUCACUAGAUCAUCGUCAUCGUCGAUACCUCCUCACUGGAGCAGCCGUGCGUCGCGUUUAAUGAGGAAACGCUGCCGUAAUAAUCAAAUGGCUCCACUGGCCACCUUGCGUCGCGUCCAACGGCUCCGUCAAAGCCAAACACAUCGGCGGGCUUCAGUUGUCAUCGGCGAACACUAUCAUCCACUCACCACUAUCACUCAUAAAGGAUGACACCAUGGCAGGCGAAGUAAUUUGUUUGUGAACGCGCACAGUGGAGAACGACCUGAGAUUCGGCCACCAACUGCAGUACGCCAGUCCUCCCUGUAGAUGGCGCCACAGGUUCACCUCUACUGGAGCACCGCACGUUUCACGGCUGGGUUUGGAGCUACCAGCGUUCAACAGCACAAAGGAGUGGGUCAGUGGAUUGAUUUGGAAACAGACGUUUUUUAUUUUUUAUUGUUUGGAAUGGAAGGGUGUUCAACGGGUGUGAUUCCCCUGCACGUGGGAAGUCACAACACUUCCCUUAUAGUUUAACGAGGCACUCCCUGUGUCUUUGCAUUGCAUUUCAUGGACUCACCCCUCAUCAAACCUUGAUGUCCUUGGGCCCUCAGGGGCCACCGUAGCACAAGUGUAUUUUGGUGCUGGACUGAACUGAAAACCAAUGCCUUACUCUUUUGCUCUUUUGUAACAGACGAUGUGCAUUAGCUACUUGGUUACCUGUCUACAUAGCUGUAAGAGAAUUACAAUAUACACAAAACGUAUAGGGCUCGGUGCGCACUCUCCAGAGACCUGUGCUCUCACAGGUCUUCAGAGAGGCAACCUUUUUUUUUUGUUCACGUCAGAAAGCAGUACCACAGAGUGGAAGAGGAGCAGGUGGAAAAGCAGGACUUUUAAAAGAUGUUUAAUCAAUGUGUAUGCAUGUUGAGACCCAGAUGUAAAUAUUUGGACAACCAGCAAAGAAAAUACUAAAGUAAAAGAGUUUAAAGUCAACUCCCCCAAUGUUGUGUAUCGGUGCGGUCGGGGGAAGAUAAGGAUAAUUCCUAUUUUCUGUCCAUACCUCAUCGUCCUUAUCUAUGGAACCUGUGUGCGCUUUGUGUCCAUGCUUGACUUCUGUUCCAAUCGGUGGUUUGUGAUGAACACACUAUUGCCACGCUAUACAUGUCGGAUCAGUUAUGUGAAAAAUAUUGUACGUUUGCUGCUUUGUUAAUAAAUAAUAGUGAUAUAAUUUACUUGAUGUUGAUAAUAUAAAGGUAACAGAGGCUGAUUAACAAAUAGCCCAGUGGUCGUUUCCAGAAGAGCAACAUAGAAUAUAACAGAUCAUAUAUGGCUCAUCUGGAGAUUAACCUGGCUCUAUUUCUUUUUGUACAUUAACGUCAUGAAGUCGCUUUAAGUCGCGUUUCGCUGUGCAGUGUCAGUGUAUAUCGGUCACCAAUCCUAUGCAAGAUUCAUUCCGCUGUCGAGAUGGAAGCCAAACCUCCACGGUGCUCCACUGCAUUCAAACAAGAGUUGUGAAUACUUUGUUCUUGUAGUUCUUUAACCACCACGAUAAUGUCUGUGCUUUUUUCUUUUCUUUUUUGAAGAUGCUCUCUGGCAAUGUUAACCGAAAGCACAACGGAAACAGAGCCUGUACUUCUGUUCAGUUUUGUAUUAAGCCUGUCUGGAGAAGGGUGGGAUGAGGCAUUGAAUUGAGGUACUUAACAAACCCUAAUGAAUGUUUAGCAUUUUCUGCUAUGUACAUUUUUAUAUGUAACAUAACUUUGUAAAUGACUGAUGACCUUGCAACCUUUGAUUACUUUUUCUAGAUGAUUUGUAACAGUACUUGAAAAAGGUGUAUUUUGUGUACAGUCUCUAUUCAUGGGGGCUGGUGCGGUGGAGUUUCCCAUCGCUGGCCUGUGCAGGGCUUGGAGAAUGAACUCUGAUUUCACUGUACUAGUCUUAAGUUAUUGUGAUUCAAUAAAAUUAAUGAUUAUUUAUGGUUGAAGAGGCACUCAUUUCUUUCUGUUUUUUCAC